UUGACCCUAGUGUCUUGGCUACCGCUGCAAAGGACACAAUGCUUUUCCAUAAUGAGGAGGACCUUUUGGUGAGUCUGAGCUGAAAACAGAUGCGGGAGCUUCGCUGGAAGACACAAAUGUCGAGCAAACCGUGGAAAUUGUGUCGGAGAUAAUAGCAGAAGUCCCCGUCGGGUGGACCAUGGGACUGACGGAGCUGCUGCUCGGACUGCUGUGCUUCUGCUCCGCUCUGUUCUGUGCAGCAGGCUGCAGUGAGCGAGUGGAGGUCCACACAGAGCGGAGGGGUGUGAUCUACAGCCCCUCAUGGCCUUUAAACUACCCCCCUGGAGUCAACUGCAGCUGGCAUAUCCAGGGAGGUCAGGGAGAGGUCAUUACCAUCAGUUUCCGGAACUUUGACAUAGCCGAGUCGGGAAAUUGUUUGGGAGACUGGCUCCUGCUAACUCCUACGAAGAAUGGAGAAUCCAGGCUGUGUGGCUCCAUGCUGCCUCCGCCCAUCAUCUCCACCAGGGGGCGCGUUUGGCUCUAUUUCCACUCUCAGGCCAACAGCUCCGGGCAAGCCCAGGGCUUUCGCCUCUCCUACAUCAGGGGUCACCUGGGUCAGAGCAGCUGUCAGUCAGAUGAAUUCCUCUGUGGUAAUGGGAAGUGUCUUCCUCACACCUGGAAGUGCAACGGUCAGGAUGAAUGUGGCGAUGCCACAGACGAACGCAGCUGCUCCCCCCCUCCCACUGAGACCCUGCCUGGCCUCUGCCCCGUCGGCUCCCUCCCGUGCACUGAGGCCCAGUCCACCCGCUGUCUGCCCGCCGCCCUGCGCUGCAACGGAGCCCGAGACUGUCUGGAUGGCACCGACGAGCGUGGUUGCCCCGACACCACCUGUGGCAAAAGUCUGAGGAACUUCUACGGUUCUUUUGCUUCACCUGAUUUUUUCCGGGCUAACAGGAGCUCCGUGGUGCAGCUGAGGUGUUCAUGGUCGCUGGACACCCAGGACCCCAAGCCCAUCGUGCUGCAGCUGGACCUGCAGCUGGGGCCCAGAGACUCGCUGCAUAUCUACGACGGUCUGCUGCAGCGGGCAGAGCACCUCUUACAGGUGCUGUCGUAUCAUAACAACAGGCGCCCGGCGCUGCUGGAGUCGAGCCGAGGACAGAUGAGUGUUUUGUACAUGGCCCAGCCUCACAGCCCUGGACAUGGAUUCAACGCCACAUACCAGGUCAAAGGUUACUGUUUUCCCGGCGAGCGUCCCUGUGGCAGCGAUCAGGGCUGCUACUCUGAACGGCAACGCUGCGACGGCUACUGGCACUGCCCAACUGGCCGCGACGAGGAGGCCUGCCCGACGUGCCCAGAAGGAGAGUUCCCCUGCGAGGGUGGUACUGGAGUGUGCUACCCAGCCUCUGAGCGCUGCAACAACCAGAAGAGGUGCCCAGAUGGGUCGGACGAGAAGAACUGCUACGACUGCCAACCUGGAAACUUCCACUGUGGGACGAACCUGUGCAUCUUCGAGACGUGGCGGUGUGACGGCCAGGAGGACUGCUUAGACGGGAGCGAUGAGAGGGAUUGCCUGGCAGCGGUACCCAGGAAAGUGAUCACGGCCGCCCUGAUUGGCAGUCUGGUCUGCAGCCUCCUGCUCGUCAUUGCCCUCGGCUGUGCCCUCAAACUCCACUCUCUCAGGAGCAGAGAGUACAGAGCGUUUGAGACCCAGAUGACUCGCAUGGAGGCUGAGUUUGUUCAGAGAGAGGCUCCCCCUUCGUAUGGUCAGCUAAUCGCCCAGGGUCUCAUCCCACCGGUGGAGGAUUUCCCAGUGUACAACCCCACCCAGGCCUCCGUGUUGCAGAACCUGCGGUUGGCGAUGCGCAGACAGAUCAGACGUCACUCGACACGGCGCUCCACCUCUUCCUCAUCUCGUCGUCGUCUCGGGCAUCUGUGGACUCGCCUAUUCCACAGUGGCGGACGAACAAGAGGAGUUCCCCUGCUCAACUCCCCUGGACCGACACAGAUUACACUGGGGCUCCACAGCUACCGAACAGUGGGUUUGCAGCGGCCCCUGGCGAGGGCCAGCAGUGGAGCUGGGCUCGGGGAUGAGGUUGAUGUAGUGGGCUCCUGCUGCUCAGCCGCCAUGGACCUGCAGUCCUGCACUUCAGAGAGCCCUGCAUCCCCUCUCUCCUCGCAGUCAGUGGACAGUCCAGAGGAAGAGGAACUGUCGCCUGUCAGCAGGGAGAGCAGCAGGGCUCCACAGUCUCAGCCCCCCACCCCUGUUCAGAAUAACUGUUUACCUCAAAGGGGGCCUGCUCCCCAGGAAGCCUCUGUACCCCUGUGUCACACCCGGGCAUCGAGGAAACUGGUUCUGGAGCUCGCUGUUAACCUAAAGGGUGUUUCCUUGAGACGAUACUCCCCCUUGGGGCCCUUGUCCCCUAUCUCACCCCUUGUGUUUCCCAGCAGCUCCCAGACACCCACAACCCACCCUCACUCCCAGGGGCCGGAGGUGACGUCACCUUCCAAACCCUCAUCUUCUUCUGUGAAAGCAGAGGACAGCAACAGCCACUUUACCGUGGAAGUGCCAAGCAGGGAAAUAAGAAGCAAGGAUGAGAGGAGGAGGGAGGGCAAGAGCGGGCUCUGCAGGUUCAGCAGGACCUUCAGUGAUGAGGGAGCAGAUUCAGGGAGGGAGACGACGCCAUGCUGAAAUAUUUAGAAAGAUUCUGUCCUUCCCCUCGCUCUGUUGAGACCUGCUGUCAGCAAUAUUUGCUCUGCUAAAGUGUCCUUGAAAUGUGUCCCUUCCAGAUCCAGAGGUGAGCCCGGUACAGUAGAAUAUAAUUGGCUCAUGUCCAUUCAACACUUUGAGUGUAUAUGCACAAAUCGGCAAUCGCAGUAUUUUACUUAGAUAAAUAAAACCAGCGUUGGUAGUGCUUAUGGUCUGUGUUGUACAAUAAAUGUAUUUGUCAAACAGGGACUUAAAGGGAUUGUUUGGAUGUUUUGAAGUGGGGUUGUAUCAGGUACUUAUCCACAGGUGUAUUACCUGCAGUAGACGGCACGCCCCCCAGUUUGGAGAAGCAGGCAGGAGUUACCGCACAGAAGCAAAGCAAUGUAAUGCUGUGGACGGGGGCAGCUGCAAAACGUAUUUACGCCACCUAAAAGAAAGGCCCACCAAAUCUUUUUGAUUUUAUUUAGAAUAUUUGUAACGCUUUACUUGUCGUCUGACAGACCUUUCCGACAGGGAACUGCUCUCUUCAAAGCCACCAGACUUUAUUGACAAAAACAAUGAGUUGCUGGUCUACUGCUGCCUAGAUCGGUUAGUUUGUUUUGUUAGGUUAGUUCGUAUUUACCAAAGUCACACAUAUCAAAAACUGGAGUCUGGUAGCAUCAGUUCCCCGUCGGAAAGGGAAAAUAUUCUAAAUAUAGUGUACACUUAAACUGAAAUAGAUUUUUAAAUACUCAUACUUAAAAAGAUCCUGACUAUCCCUUUAAUGUUGACUCCCACAAUUGAAAGCAAAUAGACACCCCUGAUUUUUGGACAUAAACACGUCACGAGUCUGUUCCAGACAAAUCAAACUCAAUUCUGGCCACUAAUACCAAUACAAUAUUGGCAACAUGUUCAUACAACGCCAAAGUAGCCUUUGUGUCGUUACCCAGAGCCAUUAUGCACCGCUAUAUACUGUGAACCAUAAAAGCCUGUUUAGCGAUCACAAAAGAAUUUACCUGAUUAAUGAUCAUCUAGUCAGUCUUAUUCCCACUUUAUUGAAUGGGGUGGUGUUAUUAUUAUUAUUAUUAUUAUUAUUAUUAUUAUUAUUAUUAUUAUUAUUAUUAUUAUUAUUGUAUGAGAUUUCUAAAAGGUCAAGAUUGGCUGUUGCAUUAAAGGAUAAAGUUGGUGAUAUUUUAUGUUUUUCAUAUUGUCAACAAAUCAUAUGAAAAACCAAAAUGAGUAUGUCCAUCUCUCAAUCCUUUUCUACUUCACCAGCCGCUGUAUUUACUUUCAUGUUUUGAAAAAGGAUUCAGUACCCUGAAACGUCAAGAAACGUCACUCAAACAGGAGUAAAUAGUGCAGUUGUUGGAGACUAUUUUCAGCUGCGGAUUAAUACACAUUUGCAGCAGCAGGAUAGUGUGUGUGGGAUUGAGACAAAAUACAUUUCAGUGUGUGUGCUUAUGGUAAUGAGGUACCAAACAGUGUGGCUCAUUUAAUAUUUCUUGGACAACAAUGGAGCUCUAUGACACUGAGGAAUAAGCUAUAUCCGGCUACACGGAAAAUACUUUUUAAUAAAUUGAGGGGUUUGGUCUUUUCACAAGACUUGUUGACAGUACAAAAAAUAUUAAAUAAAGCAAGACCUAACUUAACUUUGAACUGUAAAAGUUUUACAUUUUGGUAAAUACGCUUAUUUGCUUUCUGUGUGAGAGUUAAAUGAGAAGAUCGAUACUGCUCUCAUACCUGUCCCUAAAAUAUAAGAAUACACUUAUCAGCCGAUUAGCCGAUUAGCCGAUUAGCCUAGCAUAAAACAGCUAGCUUGGCUCUUUCUGGUAGUGAGUGAGCUUUUAAGGUGCUGGUGUUCCAGCUAGCUGUUUCCACCUGUUUCUAGUCUUUGUGUUAAGUUAUGCUAACUGGCUGCUGGUUUUUUUUAAGGAUAUGUGGUAUCAAUCUUCAUAUCUAACUCUAAAGGGCAAAUAAGCAUAUUCCCCAUAAACUAUUCUGUUAACGGUGCAGUGUCAUUGAAUCAUUCAAUCAUGCCAAACUUCUGUCAGCUUGUAUUUAACAUAUACCUUUCUUCUUCAGUGAUACUUCAGUGACCCCUUUUAAACAUGAACAAUGUUGUCAUUAUGUUUUAGAAAAUUGUGUCAAAUUGAUUUAUCAAUUCAACCUUUUGAACUUGAUAUAUCAUCUGUUUUAAAAAGCCAAACUUGGAUAGAAACUGAGGUAGUGAGUCCAAGUACAUUGCCUGUAACUCUGCUCAGCCCCUCAUCCUCCUCAAUCAAACCCACACUGUCCUCGCAAGGAAGCCUUUCCUCACUUGAAUGAACUUGGCUGUGUCUGAGGUAGUGUCUGACAGUGCAGUGAAGACUUUAUGUGAAUGUCUAGGAAGCGUCGGGACGAGAAGCUUCACUUCACUUUCACUUUCAGAAUAUUGAUUGUUUGUCCAGCCCUCUUCAUCCCAGUGGUACCUCUGCAGCCCUGCUGACUGCUGACGCCUGGACUGCUGGUUUAUUCCACUGGAAAUUCAUAUCUAUGCUGUGGAGGUUUCUAUGACAGGAUGUUAAAACAAAGGCCUCUAUUUUUCAGAUUUCGGUGGAGACCUCUAGUCUUACUUUAUAUUUCUCUCUGCCUUGACAAACAUUGAACUUGAUUGAACCUCUUUCGUAAAGCCUGUCAAUCUGAGGUGACCCUGGUGACCGACUACUAAUUACUUUUGGGCCUCUGAAGAAUGUAUCACUUCCAUUGUUUCUUGAAAUCGUUGCAUUCUCCCUGUUUUACUGCAGGAUAUUGAUCAUGAAGUCAGAUAACCUGUGUUAGUACGGAGAGUAGGAGACAACUCUGGAAGCCACAUGCUGGUUGUUUUUCAGCUGCAGUGUCAGGUUUCUGUACUAAAUAUAUGGUCUUUCCUGCUCUUUCUCCUUUGAAGGGAUGGUUUGGAUAUUUUGAAGUGGCGUUGUAUGAGAUUCUUAUCCAUCGUCAGUGUAUAACUACUGUAGAUGCCGUUCGGCACGCCCCCAGUUUGGAGAAGCAGACAGGAGUUACAGCACAGAAGCUAAAUAAUGUACUGCUGUGGACGGGGGUAGCAGCAAAAUGUAUUUUAGUCACACAAAAAAAAAUUCUGUUUAAGUGUACGCUAUAUUUAGAAUAUUUUCACGGUCAGACAGUCCUUUCCAACGAGGAACUGAAGCCGUUAUCUAUGCUCUCUUCAAAGCCACCAGUCUCCGUUGACAAAAAGAGUAAUUUUCCUCACAGAACGUUGCUGGUCUAGCGCUGCCUCGAUGGGUUAGUUAGUUUGUGUUAUUGUGUGACUUUGGUGAAUCCAAACUAACCCUUUAAAACACCAAAUUAGGUAAUACACUGAUUAUGGAAAAGUAUCCUCAUACAACCCCACUUCAAAUAAUCCAAGCGAUCCCUUUAAGUGAUCUGAAUGCACUUCCUUUUCCUUUCCAUAAACAGCUGCUACAUGUUAUGUGCCAUAAGAGAUGUCUCCUCAUUCCUAGCGUUACAUAUUUUGGCUCUUUGUUCCACCCUUGUAUCUUGUUCUUUAAGUUCAAAGCCUGUUCGUCCUCAUUUAACUUAAAGUUAAUUAGUUUAGAAAAAAAUCACAUACCUGCAGAAUGUAUGUCCUUAAAUGCUUUGUGGUGUACAGAAGCGUGUUAAUGCCUUAAUGGUUAUUCCCUGCUGUUGCAAACAUCACGGGCAGUUUCACGGCCUACAGUUGUGGUGUUAAUGUUUGAAGAGAUUAUAUUUGUCUGUGUCUGGACACAGCUUUAUGAUAUGACAUGUGAUUGGUACAACUGACUGCUCUGGAUUUAUAGUGCACUACUGCAUCAGGGAUCUCUGGGAUUAUUAUGGCAGGGAAGUUAGGGAAAGGAAAAUAUUUCUUUUCAAUAACCUUAUUCCAGUGUAUUUACCUGUUUAUUUAAAUGAUACUCUGUUAAAGUGUUGGUGAAAUGCUUUACUUUGAUGUUUUUCAGACUGCAGCCAACCCAUUGUAAAGAAUGAUGUGGUAACGUAUUAACAUUUGAAAUGUGAACAGAGAUUGUGUCACAUUGACUGCUAAGGUGAGGCUUUAUUAUCUGUUCCAUACCCUUUUUUCUUCUUUGCAUUUAUUCACUAUAAUGUAUAUUAUCAAACCCUUUCCAAUAUUUAAUAUAUUAAUAACUGGACUGGACAAUGGUUUAACACAUAGGUAAAUACACUGGAUGGAGGAAGUGAAGUACUACUGAACCAAGUUGUCCAGCAUUCCCUUUCCUUGCUGUUUGAUUUUGAAGCUUCCCCUUCAAAGGCUGAAGUCAACAUGUAUACUGUGUUUGUAUAAAAGCAUUUCUCUUAUUUAAAAAAAACUAUAUUGGUUUAUUUUGUGCUGAAAGAGACCAUGGGUUUGCAAUGCCUUCUGCUGAUUAUUUGUCAUUGUUUUCCUGUGCCUGCAAUUAAUAAACUUCAAGCCGUUUAUUUACUGAAUUAUUUCAGUGU